CGCUGCUUGCCGGGAAAUCGUCGUAUCCGCCAUCAUGCCACCGAAGAAAAAAGCAACAAACGAACCAUCGAAGAAAACCGAUCAGAAAAAGAAAGAAAAGAUAAUCGAGGUAUUUGAAAGUCUUAUCAUAUUCUCGGAUAAUACAGCUCGUCUUCUGUCAACUUAUAUUUGUGAUCUUUGUCCAUUAUAGGAUAAAACUUUUGGUCUUAAGAACAAGAAAGGCAAGAAACAGCAGACCUUCGUAAAACAUGUGACUCAACAGGUUUGCGGAUUUAUUUAUUAAUUUUCAUGUUUUCCGGUUCUCUAAUUGUCUAAUGGUAACGCUUUAUCUUUUUUUCAUAAGGUGAAAUAUGGUGGAAAUCCCAGUGCGAGGAAGGUAUGUGUUACACACCCAAAGAGAAGGCACUUAAAGUUUAAAAUUAAACACAUGUACUGUACGUAUAAUUUUAUUUUGUGCUUAUCCGAGUUUUUAUGGCUAGUUUCUGAAAGUCUUUACUUUGGAAAGCAAUGAAUACUGUAUGAACAAUAUCACUCAGCUAUGAUGAGAUUGGUUUACAUCAGUGCGACAUUAUUAAAAAUAUUGUAAACUAUUCAAUAAGCUCACUGUGAUUCAUAAUACGUAGACCUGAUAGAACAGUUUUACUAUCAAAAGAGAAAUUAAAAUUAAAAAAGUUGAAAUUUUUAUGCAAAUUUUUCUUGAUUUUUCUUGACUUUUUAACAUUUAAGUUGAAGUUGCUAUAAUGUUACAAAGUAACAAAACAGGAUUGUUUCAUUUCAACUUCCUUUAUUGGAUCUCUUAAUUAGGACCUGUGCCAUGAUUGGUCAAAUUAGAAAGCCAUAUUUCACUGUACUGUACAGUUCACUAAAUUCAAAAGUUUGUUUGAAUGAAAUCUUCCCCCUUCUGUUUGAAACCACAGAUAUAGGAAAUAUCAUACUAACCCUAAUUUCUCAGUCUGUACUGUAAGUUACAGAACCUUGUAUGGCUGGCAUUCAUUAUGCUUAGGCCAGAAAUCCACAUUGGCAAUGCUCAGUCUGUAAUUUACUGAACAGACCUUUAACUCACUUAGUUAAUGGUAUUUAAGCUCAUGUGAUUAAGUGUUAGGAAGCUUUCAUGUUCACCUGCAAAGACAUCCUCUCUUUGAUUAAUGGCCAAAAAGUGCCCAGUUUUGUCAUAUUUUUCAACUUUUAGAUUGGGUGGAUUAUUUGCAUGUGAACAUUGAUGAUUAUUGAUAAGGGUAAUUUAGUAUUAGCAACUGAUUUGAUAACGUAAAUUGGCCACUGAAAGAGUUUCAAAGGUGAAGUUUUUACAAUUAGCCCUUCAUCAGAGGAAAUGAAGAAGGGAUAAACUCAAAAUGUUAGCUUUUAAACUCUUUAUGGUGGCCAAAUUACAUUAUCAACUCAGUUAAUAAUACCAAAUUACCCUGUUAUACUCUCCCACCAAUGCAGUACCACAGUUUCUUUAGAAAUGUACCCCCUCUAUCGAUUAUUAAUUUAUUUAUUUUCUUCCCUUUUAACUUUUUAUUGUGAAGCUUGCCCAAGAGCAGGACAGCAAGGUACCUGUACAUUUUUCUCUUGCAAGUCAUAAAAACAGUAUAUAACACUUAGACAUAGCACUUUUAGGCCAAAAAUUUCACACGUUUGUACCUUUUUUUGGUUAAGCAUUAAUAAACAUAAGUUUUGCAUGUGAGGGGUGUUGAAUGAGUCAUGGAAUCUCUUGUGAGUGCUGUUUGUAGGUAUAACUUAAGAACGUCAUUUCAGUAGCAGCAAAAAGGACCUCAUUACAAAAAUCUCUUUUUUAAAAAUAGUAAGAACAUUCACUCAAGGGACAGUGAUGACUAAAAAAAGUUUCCUUAGAAUGAGAGUUCCAAAUGCAUUGUUUUUUGGUGCAGACUACAGUUUAUGUCCCAUAUAUGGAGAUUUCUAGAAAGAGAGGCUCAUCUGUCAAGGACAUCAUGCAACUUUGGCAAUAACUUUUUUUAAAAUUGUUAUUUCAGAAAAAGAUUUCAGAACAGAAAAAGAAGGAACAAGAUGAUUUAAAUCAGCUUUUUAGGCCUGUUAUUGGGCAAAAAGUGUCUGCAGGUAAGUUUAGCAAGAUUUAGACAUCAGAAAACAUUUUACUGUUACAAAAACUGUCACAGAAGGUAGUGAUCAGAAUAUUUUGAUUAGCUCAGAGUCAGAGAAUGCAUUAGAAUGCAUAAUACAAUGCUGAGAAUGACCAUUAAACCAAUGACAAUCUCUAAGCAAGGUGGUUUCUUAGAUUUUAUCAUGGUACAUCAACAGGUGCUGAUCCCAAGUCAGUAGUGUGUGCAUUUUACAAACAAGGCCAAUGUUCCAAAGGUGACAAGUGUAAAUUCUCUCAUGAUAUCAGCUUGGACAGAAAAGGGGAGAAGAGGAGUCUGUAUGUCGAUGCCAGAGACGUAGAGGAGGAUGAGCUCAAAAAUGGUGAGUAACUUGGCAGUAAUCAGUUUCAAAUGUGCUGGAACUGACAACUUUGUAGCCUGGAACCAUCUGUCCUUAAACCUAAGAUACUGAAUGAUACUUUAAAUGGUUGAAAUUGAUAUCAGCUCUCAAAUGAUGAUUUUUAUUGAAAGCAGAUUAGGAUAUGGAUUGAGUGAAAAUGAAAGUGAUCAUUGCAGUUAUGAACAAUAUUUAAGCAGUCGUGAAAAUAGGGCCUGAGAAAAGUUCAGACCUGUAUGAGACUUGAAUCCAUGACCCCUGUGAUACCAGUACAGUGCUCUACCAACUGCCCUAAUGAGCCUAUUGGGAGCUGGUCUUAAUGUUGGUUCCAAAUUAUGUUUAUUCACUUAUUUGUCCAUGGUUUUCCACAUAUGAUUUUCACAUAUUCACAGUCAUUGAUAUGGAUUAAGUUGAGCAGAAGAGAGUUCACUUUUGUUUAAGGAUAGUCUAAACCAAGUUUGUGUUAAUCCUGGGCUAUGGUUAACUGUUCUUGACCGAGAGGCCCUAGGGUAUUAAUUUUUUUGUUCUCAAGGAGUUUUUUGGUUUGAAAUAGCUCUUAUAGACUUUGGCAUGAUCAUUCCUUUUUUCAGAUACCAUGGACAAGUGGGAUCAAAGCAAAUUGGAGGAAGUUAUUGAGAAAAAGCAUGGCGAAAAGGAGAAGUCAAUGCCCAAAACAGAAAUUGUGAGUUAAAAUUUUUAUUAGUUAUCAAUAUUACAUUUGUCUAAAAUAUACUUGUGGCUGGAGAAGGAGCAUGGCCAAUUGAUAGGUUAGCAGCUUGAGUUUCAAGUCCUGCUCUGACUGUAGACUGGCUGAAUUUGUCUUUCUCUGCACCUCACACACAGUUGUAAAUUAAUUGCUAACAGGUAUCAUCAAGCACACUGGAGUUUAAAUCAUGUUUUCAGGACUGCCAAUCUGGAAUAGUUUAGUUUCUUUCUGUUAUGAAGAGAGUAAUUAAUUGUUACCUGAAUCUGUCUGCCUUCACAAUAAUUUUGCAAACCUGUAUAGAUGUGUCUUUGAAACAAUGCAUUUAGUAUUAAUAGUUACUGAUUUCAGUUGAUAAUUUUUUUUAUAUAUCUAUAGACAUUUUUAUCUUUUAUGUAACUUUUUGUAAACUAAAUUCUGUUUUACCCUUCUGUUGUAAAGCAAUAUGAACACAUGGUUAGUAUGUAUUAUUAUUAGUAUAAGUAUUAUUAUUAUUAUUAUUAUUAUUAUUAUUAUUAUUAUCAUUAUCAUUAUUAUUAUUAUUUUAAUCAAACAUCCAUCUGCAAGUUGUGAAAACUUGUGUUUUAAGUGGUAAAAUUUUCAGUGAUGUCAUGGAUUUUUGUAAUAUAUUCCCAUUUUUUCUCUAAUUUUUUGUUCAGGUCUGUAAAUAUUUUCUGGAAGCUGUUGAGAAAGGACUCUAUGGUUGGUUCUGGAGUUGUCCAAAUGGACCAAAAUGUAUAUAUAGACAUGCACUGCCACCAGGCUUUGUGUUGAAAAAGAAGCAGGAAAAGGAGAUAAAAGACGAAAUAUCAUUUGAGGAGUUCAUAGAAACAGAGGUGAGCUGUAUUUCUUGAUUUCAUUGUAAUUUUCAGAGAACAAUCUCUGGAGUGGUAUGUUCACAAUCUUUUGCAGCGUUCUCCCUUUCCUAAGCAGUACUGGUAAGAUAAAUUUUCAAAUGGACAGAGCAACACUUUUACUUAUUGAAUUUCAAGAAUUCUAAGUGAUUUUAGGCAGUAAUGAGAGGUCCUGCAGGAGGUAAUUAAUUUUACCUGUUACUGUCUGUAAAGAAGAACACUACCUGUGACAUGUUUGAUUUGAACAUUUGAAGUCAAUUUUCCAUUUUUAAUUGUUGUUAUUGUUAUUGUUUUUGGCCUUUAGAGAGCAAAACUUGGUGGAAAUCUGACAAAGUUAACAUUAGAAACAUUCCUCGAAUGGAAAAAGAGAAAGGUAGGUGAUCCAUGUUGAAUUUUGCUUAAAAGCUACAGUUAUAAUUUUAGUACAUGUAAUUACAGUGUGUGUAUUAAGAAUGGAAAAAUCUUUCUUGAAUGUGACAUUUCAUUCCCUUUUACCAGUUAAAAGAAAAGAAAGAGAAAUUUGAAAAAGAGCAAGCCAAGAAAAAGGAUGACUUUAAGUCUGGUAGAAUUGUUGGAAAGGUAAGAUGUACUGAUAACUUUUGGACACACAAUUGGCAAGUGAUGUAGUGAGUGUCCACCCUUGCACUCCCAAGAUCUCAAUUGUAAUUCUCAUCGCUGUCCACCAUAGGAUUGGUAUGAUGUUAGUUUGAAAGAUUUUGGGAAUAUGAUCAACUAACAAUCCCCCAACUGAUAUUUUUCUUAAUUCCUGUCAUUUGUGUGUGUCAUAUUGUACUGAUAUGUAAUACUUAUUGUAUUGUAUUGAAUUACUAACUGUAAUUCUCAUCACUGUCUACCAUACAAUUCUCAUGGUGCUACUUUGGAGAAUUUGGAAUUGGAUCAACUAAUAAUCCCCCUAACUGAUAUUUUUCCUUAUUCUCAUCACUUGUGUGCAUCAUAUUGUACUGAUAUUGUAAUGAGAAAUUCUAUCUUGGUCUGACUCAUAGGAGUUAAAGGGUUCAGGAGUGAUGACCUGUAUUUUUGCUUCUGUAGGUGAGUGGUCGUGAAGUUUUCUUGUUCAAACCUGAGCUGGUGGAGGCUGAUGCUGAUGAUGAUGAGGCUACAGAAGAUAUGAGCAUUUACAGACGAGCGGAUGAUGGGGUAAGUAGUCUUUUGUGAUAAGUCAUUUACAUUGACGGAAGUAAUGUUUGCAAAAGAAACUUAACUUGAAUUGAAAAGGGUAAGUUUUUAAAGAAACUGUGCUGUGGUUUCCGUGGGGAGUAUUACACGUUAUCCUUUACACUCUAAAAUCAGUAUGCAUAUUCUCCAUACUGUUCUCUAUACAUUUCCUAAGGUGCUGACAAGGAGAAUUUGUUUACCAAUCAAAAGCUAAUUGUUUACCAAUCUUUCUUUGGUGAUCAUUUCCUUUAUUCUCAUGACCUCAAUGUGUGAUUCAGGGCUGAUAUUGUAGGGAGAAAUUUGAUGCUAGUCACUCUUAGGGUUUAAAGGGUUAAUAUUGUUUUGUCAAUUGAGUUGUUAAUAUGAAUUGGCCACCGUGAGGAUAUUCUGACGUUUCGAGCUCUGACGACGGGCAAAUGCUCGAAACGUUAACUAUAGAAACUCCUACGGUGGCCUAUUACUUUAUAAACUCAGUUGUUAAAACUAAAUGAUCUUGUUAACCCCUUUCCCCUUCCCCUACGUCAGUGUCACAGUUUCUUUAGAAACUUAACCCUCUCAUACGAGACCCAGCUUUCUGCUCAGGAGAGCGUUUGGUAAUGGCGGCACUCGUUCCUCUUUAGAAUCUCUGAACUUCUCUGGUUUCUCUUUUGUUAGGACGAAAUUGGUGAGGGUGCACCAGCCAGAGAGAUAACGUUGGAAGAAAUGAGCAGUGCCGCAAAGGAAGUCGACGGCACUGGUACAGUAGAUGUGUCAAGUAGCGCUGCUGAGAGAUUAAAAACCAAUCAAGCCACUAGCGAAACUCUCAACGAAAAUUCCGCUCAACAGGUGACUGUAAUUCUUCUUUGCUCUUUCAUGAAUCCAAAAGUAAUUGGUCAAUUUCAAUAUAGGCUUAAUAUGUCUGACGCCAAUUCUCAAACGUCCAAGAUUUUGCUGAUAUAUAAUGUUUUCAGGGCGCUCUUUAACCUCCAGUUCACCCCUAUAAUUCGCGAAAGAACUUUGCUCCUCUUUGAAUACGCAGCUUUCCUUUGUUUUUUCUCUCUCUUUGUUUACACAUUUUUGUUUUGUUUUGUUUUUUUCGAAGUGUAAAAUACUUGCUGUUCCUCACCUGCCCCCAUCACAAGAGCUUCAUCCCGAAAGUCGUUUUCCCCCAUGCAGCGACUUGAACGAAGCUGAUGAUGACUUUGCUCAGGUUGUAGAAACAUUAGUGACUGCAUCGGAAAAUAGUCCUUUUCAGGACCACCCUCCCUCUUUUCUCCCCCCCCCCUUCAGGAACCCAGAUAAAUUAUUGUUUGUUUGAUAGAAAGUAGAUUUUUUUUUGUUUUUCAUUUAUUUACCCCUCAGACACCCGACACGAGUAACGCCGAUGAAAACGGUCUCGACGAAGCUUGCGGCGGAGCAGACUCACCGGAAGGAGACGUGGACGCUGCCCUCGUUAAUGGAGUACCUAUUGAGGAGAGUUUGUUCGAGGAGGACGAUAUUGACGACCUAGAGCUUGAAGAUCUCGAAAUUGUCGAUUGACGACGUCAUAAAACUCUUCAAACUUCGAAAUCGCUGAGAACCAUCACUGCUGGAUCCGGAAAUCCUAUAGAAUCUCCUUGAAGGCAUUAUCUGGCAGUGAUUACAUAAUGGUCAACAGAGCCUGGCAGAAAUAAAUUGUUUCAAUGAAACUUAGCAAUUUGGGAAUAGACAUCUGUAACAGAAUUCGAAUCUAGUACUUUUUCCCUUUGGAAUGAAAAGGCCUGGGAGCUAAUAGGACUUGUACCCAGGACUUCAGGUUUCAAAGAUAAAGGUUUGGGAAGACUGCCAUCUUGAAAAGGGGCCAUCGGAAUGACUACGGCCAGCUACACUGAAUCAGUUGAUUUACAUUCCAUCACCCGGCCCUGUCUCGAAAAUGCCUACUAGGACAUUCUCAAAUUUAAUGAAUCACAUGUUAACUAAAUGACCAACAUUCUUUUACACGAACGCGUUUGAAACGCGUUCAAUUGCGAGGCGACUAUGAUAAAUACUGUUAUUUUUGUAGCCGAGAGGAGAGAAAAGGAGGUCGAUGAAGAUAAUUUCAUUAACUGCGUUCCUUCAGUGAUACCGAAGGGAAUUUUAAACGCGUCUCCCUCUUAAUGAAAUUCUUGCAAUAAAUGAUCUCUAAACA